UUUAAGUGCCUUUUCCCUGGAAGUCCGUUUCAAAAAACUCUCCUCCAUAUAAAACUGAUAAGCUUUUGUUUUUCGCUCUAAUAACUUAAAUCAACUAAAACAAUUGUAUGAUAUUGUAAUUAUGAUAUUAAAUUCUCUUAGAAAUUGACAAAGAAGAUUUAAAAAAAUGUAAGAUUUUAGGCCAAGAACAAAAUGGAGAAUUUCUUCUUUGUUGGGAUCUUAAAAAAGGCAGAGAAAUCUCCACUGUCAUUGGAAUGUUUUUUUACACAAUAAAUAAAAUACAAGUGUUAGUUACACUUAAACAUUCAAUUAACAUUAUUCAAGCUUCCAUAAACUACAAGAAUUCUGUUAUAGCUUACAUUACUAAAGAAUUGUUUGAAGGACAUACAGAUUAUUAUCAUGCAUUUCUUUUAAAUUUAAAACAAUCAAAUGCAGUCCCAAUGAAUUUAAAUAUAAGUAGUCCUCGACAAACAAUGGUACAAUUUUUAUAUAAAAAAAGAAAGCAGUCUGAAAAUGAAAGAUUUCUAUUGUUUAUCCAUGAAACAUCUAUCAUACUUUACCACUUGGCAGAAAAUAUAAUAAAUUUCAAUGAGAACAUACUAAUUGUAAAAAAACAAGAAAAAGUAGUAAACCAAUUUUCUUGGGCUCAAUGGGAACCGCAAUACCAGUGUCUAUUUUACAUACAUUAUUCAAGUACAUCUAACAUUGAUUCUAGUGAUGCAAGCCUAUCAGCACUGCAAUUUCAUGACGAACCUCAUCAUGAAACGGUGUUCAAUGUUCCUUUAAAUUUGCCUAAUAGAAGUAAAACAGCUGAAAAUCUUCCAAAUGGAUAUUUUGAUAUUCCUGUUCCACUAUGUGUACAUGAUAGUAUGCUGGAUAUUCGAGUACUUUCAGAUGCUAGAGGUUUUGUAGCUGUUUGCCAUUAUUACUUAUACCAAGGCAUAAGUACCCCUUUAGCUGCUAAUGAUUUGAAAAGUGUAAAUAUGGCAUUCUCAGUAACUCUUCUUCACCAUGGCAAUGUAGUUCAUUGUAAUAUAGCCAAUAUACCUAUAAAUCUAGCAUAUGAAUCAAGACCCAUAUUCACCAUGCAAGGAGACCAACAUAUCAUGGUUCAUUUUCCGAAUCUUUGCACUCUAUUAUUAGAUGUUGGUCCUGAUCAUGAACCUAGUUGUCAUAUUGUUGUACCCAAUCAAAAUGAAAAAAGAUGUAGAAGGAGUAACAUAGCAACAACUAUAGGGAGUGCAGGAACAGUGAUAGAUUUAUCUACAGCAAUUAUUUAUAAAGUAAAAAUUACAAAACAACAUUUGGUUGAAGCUUUCAAAAUACCAGAUAAUAAUUUGAACAAUCAACAAGCUAUACUACACUACUUUAUGGUUCAUAGAAGAGAUACAGAUAUUGUUCAUCAACUUUUGAACUCAAUUAUUGACAAUGUAGUUAAUAUCAAUUGUUCAAAAUUGCUACAAGAAGUUCUUAUUGGAAAUACAUAUGCUCAAGUUAAACAAAAUUUACUAUCAGAUGCAGUUGGUCUUGCCAGAUACUUGCCAAUUACAAUAUCUAAUUAUUUUGCACCUUUAGAAAUGAAAAUAAAUGGUCAUACAUUAACAUUGAUACAAGAAUCUUUAGAAAAUCCUAGAGUUAUGUUAUUAUCUCCCCGUCAACGAUUAAUUCCUUUCCGAGAUGAUUUAUGGACCAGGUUAUGGGAACUUUUACCAGGUGGUUCAACAGUAGCAGAUAAUGCUUCAAGUAGACCAGAAAUUCCUCGUUUUUCAAACAUUUCUGUGGCUAACAAACUUAAUAUUUCAUUAGUUUGCUAUCAACCCGAAGUAUUGUCACGUUGCUGUACACCAAUGUCUCCUGGAGGUUCUAUGCUAGCCAAUAGUAUGGCAAACAUUGCUAUAUCUGAAAUUUCACAUUCCUUACAAUUUUUUUCUACAAAUUUACCUUUUAUUGAAGUAGAUACUUCUACUGCUAGUAAACAAGAGCAUGUUAUAUCAGUUAAUCUACGUGAAUUAAGUAUGCAUUUGCUAAAACAAAGUUCAAUGCACUCCAAUAAAUUACGCAAUAGAUCAAUGUCAGAACCUAAUGCAAUGCAUGUGCAUGCAGUUGCUACUAAGUAUGUUACAUCACAGUUAGAAGUUUCACGUUUGCUGUGUGCUCAUUUGACAUUAGCUGGCGGUGUAGACACAAGAUUACAGAAAUUUACUGGUUUUCAGUUAAUUGAUACCAUUGAUGAAGAUCAGCGCAAAUCACUCUUUACAAUAUUACAACGUUAUGCUCAUGCAAUUGAUACAUUAGCUUUUCCUUUACCUCAAGGUUUUUCUUCAUUUAUUACAUAUCUUGGUUAUAAAGUUUUACCACAAAAUAUGUUUAAUCAACAUAUUCGCUGCAACACAUUUUCUUUAAAUAUAGAUGUAAUGAAAAAAAUUUUAAUAGACAUUGUAGACGAUAAAGAAGGAGUUGUCAAAAAGUUGGAUCUUAUACAAAAUUUGCCUCAUUCUCGUGCUAAACGAUUAAUGAAUCAAUGGUCACACUCAGUUUCUACAAUUUUAAGAGCUCGAGAACAUACUGCUGAUAUUUUGAGUGGAAUAAGUUCUAGACCCACUCAACGACGCCAUACAAAAUAUCGUCAAAGUACAACCUUAGUAUUUCCAUCACAACAUAGAAUGUCACCUUUAGAUACCUUUUUAGAACUUCUUACAGCCAAAGCUGUAUUAGCCGACAUAGAUUAUAAUUUGCUUGUUGAUGCAACAGUUAUGUCUACCAGUAAUAUCCUUAGUUAAAGAAAAAUUAUACAGCAUUAAAGUCUUUUUUUUUAACAUUUGUAAUAUUUAAUCU